CAUUUGUUUCGUGUUUACGUUUACUUGGUCUCUCUUCCAUAGACGACCAGCGGCCCCAAGCUUCACGAGGAGAAUAUCUCAGCGGUGUUGUAGUGCACUAGCUGAUAUAUAUAUGAAGUAAAGCAACACUCUACGUAGCAGCCAUGCCUCCAGGUGGUGAGGAAGUGUUUUCCAAUCCUUUGGCACCACCAGGGGAAACUGUUAUAGAUGAAAGGCCACAACGCCUUACCAAUGCAGACUUUAGAAAAUUGUUAAUGACUCCUCGUGCACCGCCGGGGAGUCAGAAAGAAACGGUUACUUCUGCUGGAACCAAAACCUCCAGUACUGAGCCACCUACCCAACGCCGUGAAAAUAAAGACGAUGUUCGAGCUGCAGAAAGAAAGAAGAAAAAGAGCUACUAUGCCAAGAUCAAGAAGGAAGAAGAAGAAAAAAUGGCCGAGUUAGCGGAGAAAUACCGUGACAGAGCUAAAGAGAGACGUGAAGGGAAGAAUCCUGAUUAUCAAGCAGAAGAUCCUUCUCAAGCUGGUAUGGGAGGUUACCGUGCAGUUGCUCCAGAUCUGAAAUCGGGUUUGGAUGCAGCAGAACGUCGUAAGCAAAUGAUCCAAGAGUCCAAAUUUUUGGGUGGUGACAUGGAGCAUACCCAUUUAGUGAAAGGCUUAGAUUAUGCAUUGUUGCAGAAAGUACGAUCCGAAAUCCAAAUUAAGGAAUCUGAGGUUUUGGUGGAAAUAGAACGGCCCAUCUCCUCUGAUGCACCAAAAGAGAAGAAGCCACCACCUCCUAUAAGUAUUCCUCAACAAGAAGAGGAUGAACUGAUAUUCAAAACAAAUGCAGGACGACGCAUUUUCAGCAGUAUCUUCAACACGAAGCCAGCAGAGUUUAAUGACUUAUUUCUCACUGGUCGUAUGGCAUAUGCUAUUGAUCUUGAUGAUGAAGUUGCCGAGAGUGACAUUCCUACCACUGUUAUUCGCUCCAAAGCUGAUCUUCAAGGUAUAGAGAAUAUGCAAGCAACGUUUACAACAAAUGACAUUGUAAUUCAGAAGCUUACUCAGAUUUUAUCCUACCUUCGCACUGGUAGAGCCAGCAAAAAACAAAAAAAGAAAGACAAAGGCAAAAAUGAAGCGGCUGGGAGGGCUGGAGCUGAUGACAGUAUCUAUGGAGACAUCGGAGACUAUGUUCCAUCAGUGGGUAAGGCAAGUGAUCGAGAUAAAGAUCGUGGAGAUCGUGACCGUGAAAGGGGAAGAGAUAGAGACCGUGAACGUGACCGAAGAGACAGGGAAAAGGACAGAGGAGAUCGCGACAGAGAUAGAGAAAAGGAUCGACGUGAACGCGACAGAGAUCGAGAUCGUGAUCGACAUGAUAGAGAUAGAGAGCAUGACAGAGAACGAAAGCCCCGUUCAUACUUCAGCCGCUCUGCACAUGAAGAGGUAAAGAAUGAGAUGCGUGCUGCGGAAGAGAGGUUACAGACACAAUGGCCCACUGGAGCAGAUAUAAAGGCUGACAAGCAAGCACCUCAGGCACCACAGCAGCCACAACAACAGCUGACACAACAACAGCAAGCACAGCAACAACAGGCUCCCUCUCAGCAGCAACAGCCACCACCAAAACCAGUGAACAGUCUGCUGAUGGUGGAUGACUAUUACACAGAGUGCUACCCUGGUAUGGCAGAGAUGCAGGAUGCUAUUGAUGAUUCGGAUGAUGAAGCAGAUUACACCAAGAUGGAUAUGGGUAACAAGAAAGGCCCUGUUGGUCGUUGGGACUUUGACACGCAAGAAGAAUAUAGUGAUUAUAUGAACCAGCGGGAAGCUAUGCCAAAAGCUGCUUUCCAGUAUGGUGUGAAAAUGGCUGAUGGCCGGAAGACUCGCCGUAUUGGCGGAAACAAGGAGAAGGACCGAAAUGCCGAACUGAAUAGAGAGUGGCAACAGAUCCAGCAGAUCCUCAAGAGACGCAAGGAUACUGAUGGGGCCUCUGGUGUUCCGGAAAAGGCACCAAGAUAUGAAUACUAGGAAGGUGAUUAAAAACAUGAGCACAGUACUGUAUUACUUUAUAGUUCACUGUAUAUUAAAUUUUAAGGAAUUUUUAUUGACAACACACUUGAGUCAAUACUGUAUAUGGAGUUAUUUCUGUACCAGAUCCAUAUGUAGUGUUUGAAUAUAAAUAUUUAACAAGG